AUGUUUUGUUGUGUGCGAACUCGAGACCGCAAAGAGGGCAAAUCUGCCGAUCAGCCUAUUGCACUGCACGGCCAAAAUCUGCCGCCACCGCCGCCGGCGGGCCAAUAUGGUUACGAUAAGAAGAGUGGGAAGAAGUACGUGGGUGAUGGCGGCUUGAAGGACGGAAACAUGGUGGUCUUGGCGGGAGCAGGUGCUGCUGUGGCCGCAACAGCUGUUACGGCCGCCGUGGUGGUGAGUGACCAAGAGAGUGAUCGUAACACGGGCGGUGGUGGUUGUGGGGUUGCCGGUGUUGGGGAUACCAGCGGUGGCGGGGCUUCUCAAGGGUGUUGUUGCGGUGGCGGUGAUGGUGGUGGCGGCGGUGGUUGCGGUGGUUGUGGUGGUUGUGGAGGUUAA